AUGUUUCUGGAUCGUCUACGUACUGCGCAACCCAACAGCGCGUGCGUGAUUGAGUCUUUCGACGUUACCGCCCUUUAUACAAACGUGUCGAAUGACUCCGCAACGCAAGCCAUAUUCAAACUCCUUACACAACACGAAGGAGAAAUAAACAUAUGGUCCGGAAAGUACUACGCUCAAAUAAGAGGGUUGGCAAUGGGACACCGACUGGCUCCAAGCCUUGCCAUUGCAUUUAUGUCUAAGGUGGAAGCACCGGUGACUGAUCUCGGGCCGCUACUCUACUGUAGCGUUGGGUUGGACGAGUACGGAGAGGCUGCUAAAAUCUCACGGCCAACAGAAGCUGCUCGGAUUUUAAAAAACUAUGGCGACGAUCUGUACCUACAGUGCACGUACACUUGCAUCCGAGUCCUCGAUAGAAGACUUGUUCAUGCAAGCAAGAAGGAUAAGGUACGACGUCAUCAGCCUGGCCAAGAUGAGAAGACGCCACCCAUCCAACGCCGUCUAUGA